ACAUGGCGGCCGAAAGCUUCCGUGAUGAGGCCUCCUGCUCCCUCUGCUUGGGCUUCUUCCAGGACCCCGUCUCCAUCCACUGCGGCCACAACUUCUGCCGGGGUUGCAUCACCCGGAGGUGGGAGGAGGCCCAGGAGAACUUCCCUUGCCCCAACUGCCAAGAGACGGCCCCCCAAAAAAACCUCCGGCCCAACCGGGAGUUGGCCAAACUCAUCGAGAUCGCCAAGAGGUUGAGUUUGAAGGUGGUGGCCCGGGCCGGGGUUGGGGCCGGUGAGGAGGAGGAGGAGGAGGAGGAGAAGAAGAAGAAGCUCUGCCAGAAGCACCAGGAAGCCCUGAAGCUCUUCUGCGAGGAGGACGGGACCCCCAUCUGCUUGGUUUGCAGAGAGUCCCAAGCCCACCGGGCCCACCCCGUGGUCCCCAUCGAGGAGGCGGCGGAGGAGGAGAAGGAGAAGUUCCAAGCUCACGUGGGGCUCCUGAAGAAGAGGAGGGAGAAGCUUCUGGGGCUGAAAGCGGCCGAAGAAGAGAAGAACCUGGACCUCCUCGAACGGGUGGAAAAGGAGAAGGAGAAGGUGGUCCACGAAGCCAAGGAGCUCCAGAGGUUCCUGGAGGGGCAGGAACGUCUCCUUCUGGAGAGGUUGGAGAAGCUGGAGGAGGAGAUCAGGAGAAGGCAGGAGGAGAAGGUCCAGAAGCUCUUGGAGGACAUCUCCUGCCUCGGGGAGGAGAUCAAGGAGCUGGAGGAGAAGUGUCAGCAGCCGGCGUGCGAGUUCCUGCUGGCCAGCAGAAACAUCUCCAGCAGGUGGGAGAAGGAGGUUCCUCGGGAGGAGGAGGAGGAGGAACCUGGAGACCUCCUGCCCCCAAACCUGGAGCUCCAGGAGGCCAUGAGGAAAUAUCGAG